AAAUAAACAGGGCUUAGAAAAUCCGCCAAUCCAAUACGUACCUACCGCAAAGAGGUAAUUACUUCCUUUUUGGGAAACACGAAUCUGUUUCUCUCUCUCUCCCCUCCGAUCGACUGUCCCUCGAAAUCUGGCGGAGAGCUCAAAUUGAACUACCUAUAAGCAUAUUGAAUCCUCCCCUCCUCUCUCUCUCUCUCUCUCUCUCUCUCUCUCUGUGCUUUGUGUAAUAGAAAUGAAGGAUGACGAUGUCCUUCCCCUGUCGACACCAACAUCGCAUACCGCAUCAACAAUUUCGAAGAAGGAAAACUCAGAGUCGAACCUAUUCGGCAGAGGCCGAUACAAAUUCUGGGCAUUGGCUGCAAUUUUGCUUCUCGCUUUCUGGUCAAUGCUCACCGGCACCGUCACUCUCCAUUGGUCCGCUGGCAAUCUCAACCGCAUCUCCGACGACAUUGGCCCUCCCAUCCACGAUGACCUCGACGUCCUCGAAAUGGAGGAUAGAGAGAAGGUGGUGAAGCACAUGUGGGAUGUUUAUACGAACAGUCAUCGUAUCAGAUUGCCUCGAUUCUGGCAAGAGGCGUUUGAGGCUGCCUACGAGGACUUGUCUAGCGAGCUCCCUCAAGUUCGGGAAGCUGCCAUAUCCGAGAUCGCCAAGAUGUCCAUGAGGUCCAUUAAUAUCGAACCUCCUCCUCUUCAAUCCACGGGUGUACGAGAAUUAAUUCAGAAGCAAGCAGAGAGUACAAUAAAGAAGUGACCUCAGGAAUUAGUAGGCUAUGACUGGAAGAACAAUGAGGAUUCAAGCCUGCAAGUUGUCAUUCUUCUAUACAUUCAUUCAUAUAAAAUGCUAGUUGCUGCUCAAGGUUAGCAAAGGCAGAUUAUACUUGGUUAGAUCCUCAUUCUUGCAAUUUUGCAGUCACAACAUGGCAACGUGGAUGAUUUCAUUUAAUUCAUGCGUAUUUUGUACCCUUACCCUUCGUGAGACGGCUGAUGAAUAACUUAUGCUAUUUAAACCUUAUAAUGCUC